AUGAGGAAUAUCUGUUCUGAGCUGAUUUUAGUCCAAAAUGUUGCUGAGAGGCAACUCAAGACUGUGGUUUUGGUUUAUCAGCAUGGGGAUAGGAGUCCAGCUAAAACUUACCCUUAUGAUAAAUACCAAGAAGGAUCAUGGCCUGAUGGCUUUGGUCAGUUAACAAAUAUUGGAAAACAGCAGCACUAUGAACUUGGAAAAUACCUAAGGAAGAGGUAUACUGGGUUUCUAAAUGAGUCAUACAACAGACAUGAGGUCUACGUGAGAAGUACAGACUUUGACCGCACACUUAUGAGUGCACUGACAAAUCUUGCUGGUCUCUUCCCACCAGUUGGGAGGCACACCUGGAAUCCUGACAUCAUGUGGCAGCCAGUACCAGUCCAUACAGUUCCACUGUCAAAAGAAAAUUUGAUUUUAUUGCCUUACCAAAAUUGUCCACGGUAUCAAGAUCUUGAUGAAAGGACUUACAUUUCAGAGGAAUAUCAUCGUCUUAUUGAUCCAUAUUCGGAAUUUCUAAAAGUCUUAUCAAAUUAUACUGGAUUCUCUGUUCAGCAACUUAAACAUGGUCAUGCUUGGACAACAUAUGAUGCAUUGCAUUGUGAGAGUAUUCACAAUUACAGUCUGCCCUCAUGGGCUACUGAAGAAACUAUGAUCAAACUUAGAGAAUUGUCAGAAUUCCUAAUUACACUUCCUUUUGGAAUAUACAAGCAGCGUGAGAAGUCAAGACUACAGGGUGGUUUCCUUCUGAAUACCAUUAUAACAAAUAUUACUGAUAUUAUUUCAAAGCCUUCCAGAAAACGAAAGCUCAUAGUAUAUUCUGCACAUGACACAACAAUUGUUGCUCUCCAGAUUGCCCUGAGUGUGUUUAACAAGAAAAUGCCACCAUAUGCUGCUUGCCAUAUUUUUGAGCUUUACCAAGAAGUAAAUGGAAACUACAGCAUUGAGAUGUACUACCGCAAUGAUUCAGCAGUGGAUCCCUACCCUCUGAUUUUGCCAGGAUGUAGAGCAUCAUGUCCCCUGCAAACGUUUAUUGAGCUGACAUCACCAGUCAUUACUCUAGACUGGAAGACUGAAUGUGGGAUUAUAGAGACACCUUCAGCUUCCGUUAUUGGGCUGGCUGUUAUUGUGACUUUGUUGGUAAUAUCAGCCAUGGUGUUUUUAGUCGUAAUUUGUUAUAAGAAACUUUUCAGAAGGGCCAACUACAAUCAAAUGGAAUGA